AUGUCUGAUAGGGCUUGCAUGCUAUGUGGGAUUGUGCAAUCCACAAAUGAAUUCAAUAGAGACGGGUGUCCCAAUUGCCAGGGUAUAUUUGAGGAGGCAGGUGUUUCCGCAAUGGAAUGUACGUCGCCCUCAUUCGAAGGGCUAGUAGGGAUGUGUAAGCCCAGGAAGUCGUGGGUUGCCAAAUGGCUCAGUGUCGAUAUGAAUAUUCCUGGUCUGUAUGCUAUAAAAGUUGAUGGGAGACUACCUGCAGAAGUUGUUGAGCUGCUGCCGCAUUAUAUACCCAGAGACGGUUCUCAUGUGGAGUGA